AUGUCUCCCAUGCAACCAGACGAAUAUCGAAGUCGACAUCGACAUGCAGGCCACAAGGGAAUCAAGUAUCUAGGGCCCAUCGAGUCGGAGAACUGGCCGAGCCACUGGCCAGAAACUCGCCGCAAGCUGUUCCAUGAUAUAACCACAUUAGGAAAGUCUUUAUUCGGAGAUUUCGAUGCCGGAAAUACAGCUGACUCAAACGAGAAACCAUGGAGGGGGCAAAUUAAACCAAGGGCAGCUAAACUGGCAUUCCUCGCGACCAGGUGCAAAGGCGAGGGUAAAAACGAGCGUAGCUGGAGGGCCUCGCUGGAGCAUGAAGUCCUCUACCGGUUCACAGUCGAAGUAUCCUGUCCAACUUGCCGUGAUAGACUGUGGCGCUCCGAGAUCGAGGCCGCAGUAGAGUCGACUGAAGAUCAAGCGUUAUCGUUGAACGAACGGCGCAGGAACCGCAUGCCCUGCCGAUGCCCAGAGGGACUGACUCAGAACCGGGACUUCCACGGGGUCAAUAUGAUUUUCUCUGAUCGAUCUGAGACUUCCAUCCAUUACAACCCACCCCUACCCAUCCAGUCUCGUGGAAGGAGUAAGAAGAAGUACGAACUACCUGACAGAGUGUACGGAUUGAUCGAAACAGAGAACCUCAAAGCUUUACUAGACUCAGCCGACGGGCGUGUUCCCUAUGAUGAUGAAGAAAGGGUACUUCGUGAUACGCUUGAGGCUUCACCGUUCAAGAGCGGUCGUGAACCACUAUUAUUCCCAUUCCUUCUUAUCGAAGCAAAGUCGGACACUACUGGGGACGCGGCCGGAGUAGAAAUGCAAUCGGCCUUUGCCAUAGAAAGGCUACUAAGGGUCCAAGAUCAACUUCGCCCUGCCACCGAGGUUGCGACCGGUUGGAUAACGGAACCUGUGGUGUGGUUUUUCGGCUGGCAUGGUCAGGACUGGUAUGUCAAGGGCAGCUUCAUAAACGACGCCACGGAGCCUGAUCCUAAAUAUUGCAUCCUAGACCUGUGGCAGGGCAACAUUUGCUAUCAGAGCAGUGCAUUGCAGCUUCUGCUGAUUGUAGAUUAUAUUUUUGACUGGGCGCGCGACGGAUACAGGCCCUCUAUCAUGAAUCAGUUGAGUUUACUGGCGGCGCUCGAGAUGCAGUCUUUUGAUCCCGAUAUAUUCUCCACCAUUGGAAGAAGAGCGUCAAGGAUUACCUCGUUCUCCCAAGAUUCAAUUCGUAUGAGUACAGCAGACCCCGAGGGGGAAACCACUCAGAGCUUGGGCCCGAAUGUGGAUGAUCGGCUUUCGUUCGGUGUGGUAAGGGAUGCUUCAGUUGUCGCAGCUCGACUUUUAGCUCUGCACAUAACGACGGCAAACAUCGAUGAAUUUAUGACUUCCUUCACCGCAUCUGUGGCCGUGCCAAAUAUCAUACACAAUUUGAAAAGAUCAUGGCGAGUUACUGGUGAUACUUUGUCACGCAUCCAGGCUGGAUGGACUGCGGCAGAUCAAGAAUCCACACCAGAAGGAAUCUUCUACGUGAGAAUCGCAAUCCUUCUCCACGUGGCAGAUGAUUGGACUCCCACACAGCAGCUGAGCUAUAUUGCGAUAUCCGAGGAAGCGAUUCGAUUAAUGCUAUCUCGGCGUGAGCUAUCCAGGCAUCACGAGUCGCUUGAAAGAACAAUCCGUACCGUGCCCACCGUCGCAGCAUCCAAAAUCGAACCCUUCAUAGCAUCAAUAAAAGCACAGACUAUAGGGAACAAUCUGACGGCGGCUAUGGGAAUGGUCUCACUGACAAGCUUGUAUUCCCGAAGCCCCGGAGGGAUCCCAUCAAAGUGGCGUCUCGAUAAGACCAACAACUUGUGCGUUGGAUUUGCGUUAGAUGGCAUGGUUGAUGUUAUUCAUGAAAUUUACGCUGCAAUCGAGAUGACUAGAACCGGGGUUACAGACUCACCUAUCCACACUGCCUCGAAAACGACGGCGCAGCCAAUGCAUAGCACCGAGCCUUGUUUGUGGCCCCAACUGAAUCCCAUAUGCCAGGAUAGGAACGGAUGUGCAUUGGUCGACCAGCUGGACGUAACUGGACAUGGACCAAGAUAUUGCCUUUACAUUCUAACGAGGCAAAGUUUCAACCCCUCUAACACCGCGGGUAUAGUCAAAGAGCUAUCUGAAUACGGGCUGCACUACUCCGCUGUACCCUUGAAUCCCAAUCGCCAACUAUAUCAGUACCUCGGCCAUUUAAACAGAUCGACAAACACCACGCGCCGUUGGCAAGGUUCGGACCGCCUAGAGCUAUUGAAUGAUUGGAUAUCAGCACUCGAGUUGCACCCAAUGCAGCCGAUGUGGCCCGGGGAGACCGUGGAGUCUCCUAUUAUUAUAUUAUCAAGCGACGAAUCCGAGGGAGAUCAAAUGGAGGACGAGUAA